AUGAACCUUUUGAGGGGCACAAGGCUGGUGAGUACAUUGCCCAAUUGUUUUCGCACACACACAAAAAACCACCAUUCGGGAAAAAAAUUAACCCACGAAAUAUUCGAAAAUGAAAAAUGCCUAGACAAAUUUGAGGACCUCCAGAAAAAUAAAAUAAUUUACAAGAAGGAUCAUAAAGAAUACUUAAAGCUAUACAAAUGUUACAGACCUGGGUAUGCCAAGCUCAUUGUGGAGAGGAGUAACCCCUUCAACUUUGAGAUUUACUGGAAGCUCACGGAAGAAUCAUCCGUUUGGGUUAGUAACGAUGCAUGUAGGAAGGUAAAGAAUUUUACGCAGACAUUAUGGAAACUGAAGGAGGAGCUGGCCAAAUUGAGUGGGCCACACAUUAGGAAGGUGAAGGAGGAUGGUCAAGUGAGAGGUGCCCCGCCAAAGGUGGACCUUAAAAAUAUAUCGGAUGGAGCAAGGCAACAAGAUGAGCACAUCCAAAGGAUCCCCGAAAAGACGCUCUCCCCCAGCAGCAACUCCCCGCAGAACAACCAAAAGGGCACAAAAAAAAAAAACAGCUACACCAAGUUUUACAAAAUUUGGGAGUCUUUCCUAUCCCACAAGGAGAGAAACAAUUUCAAGGAGGAAAAAAUAUGCUUCGAAAUUCUGCGGAAGAACUUUUUGAAGGCCCAAUUUUUUGGUGAAAAUAAAAAAAAAGAUUUCCUGUUUUUCGAAAAUAUAUUAACAUCCCUGUUGUUGAGGCCACACAUAUUCAUAUCGGUGUUGAACUCUCUGCAUAGUGUCUUCUUCGACGUGAAGGUGGGUCUCUCUCCCAGGGUGGCAUCCAUCAGUAGUAGUACCCCCAUACGGAAUGGAAGUUCCCUCCUCGUGAAUAACUUCCCAGGAGGGGAAACUCCUCGGUCUCAUACAUCGCAUACCAGUGCACCGCUACAUUUAGUAGAUCCACAAAAGGGAGGGCAGAAAAAUGGCGUCGCAAGUGAAAGUACAUACACUUCAUAUGAGGAGGACCACUCAGAGGGAAUAUCCCCCCAUGAGCAGGACAACAGUAGGGAAAGAAAAACCCUUGAAGACAUCCCCCCUAAUGAAACCUCUGCUCAAAUCAGAAGGUACAUUCUAAAUUACCUAUUCAAUAUAUAUUACGAAAAACACGUGGGGCUGCAAAACAUGCAGAGAACAUUCGAACUACACCAGGCAUACAAACUUCGCUACUGUAAAAAGGAGAAGACUGUUUACAAAUUUAUUGCAUCGAGCCAGGUUGAACUUGAGAGCAAUGAUAUCGUUUUAAUUAAAUGUGCCCAAAUGAGCAACUCGUUCUUAGUAGGAGUGGUUAAGAAAGUACAGAGGGCCAAAGAUUUUUCCAUCCUUUUUAUGAAUGUCAAACGGUACAUCUGUGGUAACAAGGGGGGAGACGGGACCAAGUUGUACGAGGAGAUGGAUAUAAGUGAGGAAUACGUGGAGAGUUACCUGAACAGACGUAGUGGAAGCGUGCAGGAGUUGUCCUUUGCGGCGGCUUCACGAGGGCGGAGCCCCCACAUUGAUAAUUCCUAUCGGGAGAAUACAAUCACUGAUAACACCUGUCUAGAUCAUGUCAACCGUGACCACUCAUUUGUCCACCAUCCUCAAGAGCCUCCCCAUGUGGACGACCCCAACGUCCACGAAGCCGUCACCCUGGCAGUUCACCUCAAUACCAUUUCGAACCGAAUAAAAUACUCCAUGAUGAGUCUGUUCGAAAAGAGGAAAGACUCCCCCAACAGCGAACUUUUACAGCUACUUCUAAAUGAGAGGAAGAAUUCAUCAUUUGUGGUGCCCCCCCAGGAGGUGACAAACAUGUGCAUCGGGGUUCAUCACGAUGGAAAUUACAACUUCCUGAUCCAAGAGGCUAUACAUAAAUUUUUGGAGAGUCGAAAAAAGGAGAUCCAUUUCUUCGACAUGGUUAAUAAGGACCUUAUCAAGAGGGAUAAAAUCGUUGGUAAAUUACACAGAAGGUUGAAAAACAGCCCGGAGGAAUUUUCACGCAUGUGCAGUUUAUACAAAAGGUUCGACGUCUACCAGAAGGGCAUUUUGCAGGACAUUCUGAUUAACGAAGGGGGUGUACCCGUGCACCUGGUUCGGGGCGCACCCGGGAGCGGCAAGAGCGACCUCAUCUCCUUCAUCAUAUACUUCCUAACCCUGGAGAGAAAGAACAACAUAUUCGUGGGCACGAGCAAACACAUCUCGGUGCAAAACAUACGCCAAAAGUUACUGCACCUUAACCUCUCCCUUAAUAGAGACACCAUGCAUAGGCCGAACAACCAAAAGUCAGACAUUUAUAUAGACACCAUUUAUCAAGCCUUCAAAAUUAAGGAUAAAAAAAUAAAGCACCUAAUUAUCGACGAGGCUUCCAGCUUAUCUGAAUAUAGCAGUCUGAUCUGUUUGAACCUGAACUGCGAUUUUGUGUACGCCUUCGGUGACGACAAGCAGUUAACUUUCCACAGCUUAAUAAAUGAGAAGAAGAGACUGCAAAUAAAUUACCUCAGCAUUUUCGAAAAAUUAAGUCACUACAAAAAUGCCAAGUGUCACAGUCUCCUCAUUCAGUAUAGGUUGAUAUUUCCUAUGUACUUAUUUACGUCUUUUUACUUUUACGAGAGAAAAUUAAUUGCGUCGAAAAAAAUUAUGGACGAUUUCUUCCAAUCGGGGGGGAAUCCAUCUACUGUUAUAGGCCCCAAGGUAGAAGACGUAGGAGAGGACGCAGAAAAGGAACAACCCAUGUACUUAAACUGGAACAACCUCUUCCAGCAAUGCACCUUUCCAAUUCUCUUCAUCGAUACGUACCAUGGCAAAUCCAACGAUGAAACAUUUGAAUACAAAGUUAACUACUCUUAUGUAAACCAGUUUGAGGCACAGAUAAUUAUAAAGCUGGUCCAAAUGUUGAACCUGGAGAAUCAGAAAAAUGUUACCAUUUUGACUCCUUACACGGGGCAGAAGUUGUAUAUCCAGUCUCUGCUGCGAAAUGGCUACCCGGGAAAUAGAACCCAUCCGAAUGAUCCCAUAUUUUACCGUGACGAAAAGGAAAACAAAGAAACUUGCACAAAUGUCAUGUACCAAAGGGUCGAUGGAAGAUCGGGAGGUAUAUUUUUUCGAGGUGAGAAUUCCACCACCCCCAGGGGGGAUACCGAUUCGAGUGCGCAUUGGAGUUAUGGCCAAAUGUUCGAACUUUUUAAUAAGGGCAAUAAUGCAGGAAGGACGAACGGGUUGAGUGGAAUCUCCCGAGAGGAAAACAUCCUUCCCUUUGAUCUACCUGGUAAUACCUGUAAUGAGGGUGUCUUCCAAACUGAUUAUCCAAGUGGAGGCCCCCUUUUUGGAAACAUCCUUUCGAAGAGGUUUCCACCAAAUGGUGAAAUAAUGGGUGCAAACAAUUUCCCCCCCUCAGAGAAAGUAUUUUCUACUACGUCUCAACUGUCCCCAAAUGGAACAACCAUCAGUAGGCACAAUAAAUGGACUAACCAAUCCCAUAGCAAAUACCAACAAUCGAAGGAAAACGCACAAGUCGAUCCAAGUAUUAACAUUCUGCACAGAAAUGUGCACACAAUAGACAGUUACCAGGGGUGCGAAAACGACUUCAUUAUUAUAAGCACAGUCCGAUCGAACGACAAAAAUGUAUUGGGCUUUCUAAAUGAUGAAAAGAGGUUGAACGUUCUGUUGACUAGAAUGAAGAAAGGAAUUAUCAUUGUCGGAAAUUCUAACACGCUACGGAAUAAUUUUUUUUGGAAGGAAUUCAUUUCCUUUUUGGACUUUUUUAACUCCAGGAAGUCCGCCUUUACUCUGCCCUUUCUGCGCAACUCCAAGUGA